AUGGUAACUGCUGUGUUUUGUGUAGUUGGUUGGGGUUCUGCUGCUUCUGCAGACUGUGCUGUUCUUGCUAGGUUGUGUGUGUUUUGCAGCUGGUUGGGUGUAGCUGUGCUGUUGGGUAUGCUACUUAACACUGGUUUGUUUGUUCAACUUGAUAUGUUCUUCUUCAGCCCUUCCGUUAAGCUGGUGCAGACUGAGCACAUUUUGACUGCUGUUGGUUUUGGGCAAAAAUUCUCUUGGAAUCAAAGGCAUUGUCGUUGUGAAAUAUAUUUAACAAUGGAUCAAAAUUGGAUGAACUUCCCUAGAGGGUCAGAAGGUUUUAAAGCUGCUUUGAAUAUUUUUCUUGAUGGUUAUUUUGCAAAGGAUGCUAUUGGAGGACAAACCUUUUGCCCUUGUAAAAAGUGUUCUAGGCGUUUUUGCCAUUCUAGAGACGUCAUUUAUGAUCAUUUGAUUGUUGACGGAUUUGUAAAGGGAUUCAGGGAGUGGGUCGUUCAAAGGGAAGCAUCUUCAUCUACAAGUAACGAUAUGUCUGGAAUUAAUGAUCAAAAUACAUAUGAUGAUAUCGAUGGUUUAUUACAUGAUACUUUUAUUGAGGUGGAAGAAGGUUUAGAUGGAGAUCAAGGUGUUCCAAGUGAGCCAAAUGAGGAGGCUAGAAAGUUUUAUAAGCUAGUAGAAGAAGGGAAGCAAGAGCUUUAUCCGGGUUGUAAAACUUUCUCAAUGUUAUCCUUCAUAAUCCGUUUAUUUCUCUUCCAGGUCCUUAAUGGCUUAAGCAAUGCGGCCUUUGGGGAUCUCUUAGAGUUAUUAAGAGAGGCGUUUCCUAUGGCUCGACUUCCAAAAUCCUAUAACGAAUCUAAGAAUAUAAUCAAGGAUUUGGGUCUUGAUUAUAAAAAGAUACAUGCUUGUCCCAACGAUUGCAUUCUUUACAGGAAGGAGUAUGAAGGAGCUGAUGUUUGUCCCAAGUGUGAAACAUCAAGGUGGAAGUCUAAGAACGUCCCUGCAAAGGUUUUGAGGCAUUUUCCUUUGAAGCCUAGACUCCAAAGACUUUUCAUGUGUUCUAAAACAGCUGAGUCAAUGGUUUGGCAUGAUAAAGAGCGAACAAAAGAUGACAAAAUUAGACAUCCAGCAGAUGCACAAUCUUGGAAGGACUUUGAUGAGACGUAUCCUGACUUUAAAAAGGAACCAAGAAAUGUUCGACUAGCUCUUGCCAGCGAUGGAUUUAAUCCAUUUCGAACUAUGAGUGUUGCUCAUAGCACAUGGCCUGUUGUGUUGAUUAAUUAUAACCUUCCACCCUGGUUUUCUAUGAAACCUGAAUAUUUUAUGCUGUCUUUGUUAAUUUCGGGCCCUAAGUCUCCUGGAAAUGACAUAGAUGUUUAUUUGCAACCGUUGAUUGAUGAACUGAAGGAAUUAUGGGAGUAUGGGGUUGAGACAUAUGAUGCAUUUAAAAAGCAAUCAUUUCAAUUGCAUGCUGCUUUAAUGGGGACGAUAAAUGAUUUCCCGGCUUACGCUAUGUUAUCUGGAUGGUCUACUAAAGGAAAUUAUGCAUGUCCUAAUUGUAACCAUGAUGUGACACCGAAAUAUUUGCCUCACAGCAAAAAAAAUUGUUAUAUGGACACCCGUAGGCUUCUUGAUGCAAGUCAUCCAUGGCGAAAGGAUAAGAAAUCAUUUAAUGGAGAAACAGAGGAUAGGUGUGGACCUUCUCCGUUAUCAGGCACUGACCUAGUAAAUGAGUUAGAGAACUUUGUAAAUGAUUUCGGGAAACCAAAGAAAGGUGGAGGAAGUAAAGGUCCAUGGAAAAAGAAACCAGCUUUUCUUCAAUUGUCAUAUUGGCCUAAUAUCAAAUGUCGUCAUAAUCUUGACGUCAUGCAUAUUGAGAAAAAUGUUUUUGACAAUAUUGUUGGCACGUUGUUAGACAUUCCAGGAAAGUCUAAGGACCACAACAAUGCGCGUCUUGAUUUAGUGGCCCUUGGCCUAAAGCCACAUCUCCACCCUUAUCUUUCUGAUGAUGGCAACCACAUGUUAUUUCCACCGGCACCUUAUACAAUGGGUAAUGAAGAGAAGGAUUUGUUCCUUAAAGUUAUUAAAGAAACAAAGUUACCUUCUGGGUAUACAGUUACAGCAAGAAGUGCAACGAUUGGAACAAGACCGACAAACAGCUAG